AUACUGACUUUGUUGCCAUAGAUUUCCUCCACAUAUAUAUGCACUGCAUGGUCCCGCCCAGAAUUUGCAUCCAUUCAUUUCAGCUCCCUGUUCAGUUAGCCUCAUUUCAAAAACCCAGAACCUCUGGAUGAACUGAAUUCAAAGUGAGGAUAUAAAUGCUCAAGUUAAAUGUCUAUUGUUCUUUAGUUCCAAAUCCAAGAGAAGCCAAUAUCAACUAUGGCUCACGGCUAAUUGGUUAUGACAGGGCCAACAGACUCCAGCGGAUUCCAACCAAGGCCGUGAAAGAUGGAAUGGAUGGAGGCAUGAGUCGAUUACCUGGCCGAAGCUGGGAUCCUGGCUUGGAAAUCGAAGUACCUUUUGAACAAAGGCCGGUUAAUGAAUACUCAUCUCUUAAAGAUGGACCUUUAUACUCCUGGGGUGAGCUGACUCCAGGGUCCUUUUUCCUGCGCCUUGGGGGCUUGUGGCUAGCGACAUUCACAGUCCUGGGAGCGCCAAUUGCAGCUGCAAGCUUUAAUCCUGGAAGGGAACCGUUAAGAUUUGCCCUGGCAGCUGGAACAGGGACUCUAUUUCUUGUUUCACUGAUUGUCCUCAGAAUUUACCUGGGAUGGAGUUACGUUGGUGAUAGACUUUUAUCAGCGGUGAUACCUUAUGAAGAGAGUGGAUGGUAUGAUGGACAAAUGUGGGUAAAGCCACCUGAGAUUCUUGCCCGAGACAGAUUACUGGGAUCAUACAAGGUCAAACCAGUCAUCAAAUUACUAAAGCAGACACUAGUAGGAACAGGGGCUUUACUUGUUACAGCAGCUUUCCUAUUCACAUUUGCCACACCGGUGGAAGAUUUCAUUCAGAGCAGUUUUGCUACAAAAGAAAAUACAUCAAAUACUUCAGCUUCGAAGAGCAGCACAAAAUUUAAUAUAAGAAAAGAGGAGCUCGUAAGAUUGCCAGCAGAAGUGAGGACAGAUGAUGAUCUGGCAGCAGCUGCAGCUGAAGCUGCUGACGGGAGGCCAGUCUAUUGUAGAGACAGGUAUCAUCGUGCAUUGGCUGGCGGACAAUAUUGCAAGUGGGAUGACUUGCUUAAGUAAUGAAUGAGAAAUGAAUAUAGCAGAUUAUGUUUAUGUUGCAUUACAUAUUUAUAUAAUCUCUGUAAUCUCUUUUUAACAAGCGAAAAGGUUUUCUAUA